AUGGCUAUCGAAGAGUGUAAUGAACAGUUACCUGAAGAACAAAAUUUUGUUUUAUUACCUUUAUUAAUGGAUAUUGAUAUUGCCGAUGAUGAUGAUGAUACACAAUUAAUUUAUCAUGCUCAACAUAUAAAUGAUUAUUAUACUUUACCACAAAAUAUUGGUACACAAACAAAUCGUCGAAUAUCAGUACCAUCAGCCAACGAUUCUGUAAGUAAUUUACUUAGAAUAGAAUGA